CGCCUGCGCUGAGGCCGUCAACGGCGGCCGUGUCGGUGGCGCCGAGGCGGAUCCGCGGCUGGCGGCGGCGGGUCAGGCCAUCGGCCUGGGCGGCUCCUUCGUCGGAGGGAAGAUCGUGGGGGCGCUCCUGAGAUCCCACCCGGACGCGCGGCAACGAAGGCUACGUUGCUGCGGCGGCCGGGCAACCUCCUUCCACGGCAUGACGAUGGCGGCAGCCGCAGUCCGGAGUUGCCCUUUGAUUGUCUCAAUGACAGUGGGGUUAGCACAAAAUUGGGGAAUGUUUUGCUUGGGGUAAAAGUGAAAUUUACUAUUUUUUUAACAUAAAAACAUGUCUAACAAUCCUAGUUGUUGUUUCAGUUAUUCAAGAUACAAUGGAAGAUUGCAGAGGCCACGGAUGAAGAGAACCCGUCCAGCAGAGUUUGCAAAUUGAUUAAACCUGCAAACAGUGGAAUGAAUUUUCCACUUGUCUCUUUCAAAAGAGAGGAUUCAUACAAUCAUCAUAGGUUUAAAAUAAUGUACUACUUGAAUCACAAAAACCUGCUGCAUAUGCUCGCAGCUGAUUAUUGCAAGACCCAAGCAGGUUUGUGUGAUACAUUCGUUGAGCCAACCCAAGGAACACUAAUAUCAAUCUGUGACAUCUCCGCAUGUGUGGAUGACCUCGGUCAUAUACCAUCUUGGAGGUUUCAGUCUAUUGUAAGGCAAAUGUUUAAUGCAAUUGAGUUUCUAAGAGAGCAUUCCCUGUACCAUGGCGAUUUAAGUUGGACAAACUCACUGUUCGCAUACCCAUAUAUAGUUAAGUUGGCAGGAUUUAUGAGGCUAGCAAUGACCAUUGAGCAGGCUCACUUUUAUGACCGUAAAUGCCUUGCAACCAUGCUUAGGCACCAGUUAAAUAUUGCCAUUCAGAAUGUCCGACAGGGCUCAAACAUUUUCUAUGCACACCUAAAGGGACUGAUCAGGGAGCUAGAAAGAGACGAUCUGGCACUACGGGAUAAUACAGUGAAUAUCAUUGAAAACACUUUCUUUUGGGAUGAAGGAACGAGGAAAUCUUUGUAUACGACAGUCGUUUCCUUGAGAAUUAAAGAUGAGAGGUUUCAAUUUAUGAUUUAUCAUCAUGAUGUUUGCGCCAUGCCUUGGAGCAAGAGUAGCAAUCUUGACUACUGGAUUUUACUGGACACCAUGAAUAACUAUCGCAAGAACCACGAUAUGAAACUAUAUAACUUCAGGUGCCCAAUAGAUUUUCUUCGAUGUGUGUGUGGCGCUUAUACCCACAAGCAUGAACUCAAGUUCAAUGUUGAUAAGCUCAUCCGUGAAGUGCAUCCGGCCUUAUCUAUUGUGAUGAAGAGAUUAGUGAAAACAUUUGAUAGUUCGGGUUUUGUGUGCAAUGAUAAAAGCUGCAGUACAUGCAAAGAUCUACAGAGACUGCCACACAUGCGGAGGUUUGUGGAGGAAAAGUAUUCUUGCUGAUCAAGCACAAUUUCUUGACCACUCUCUUCGUCCCCUGAUAAGAGCACGUCCAUCCUGGAAGAAGUGAAGGACUGAAAUGACAGGUGUAAGGUGUUGUUUAUGCGUACACCGAAUCUAAUUGGGCGGUUGCAGUUGAGCGAAAAGGUGGCAAACUGCAACUAUGUACAUGCUCAUUUAGAGACACUAGUUAGACGCCCAUGCGUUGCCAUGGGAUAACAGAAAAGAAUAUAUAGUAAUAUUUGAUUGACGGUUCUCUGUGUGGGUUUUAACCAUGUCGUUAUGUAUAUUCAUCUCUUCUUA